UGUGAAAUGUGCCCUGAAGACGGUAGAGGAGCCGUAUCAUCCCAGGAUCAUGAUUUGAAUGCGUUAAUCUCGUCGGCCGAGUGGCUUAGGUGGUAUGGGCUGAAGCAAAGUAAACUCAGACUGUCUCAGAUCUUGGCAAACAUCAGCUUUAAGCACACCGAAGAGUAUGUACACUCCUUGAGGAAGAUUGUUUCCUCUCAGUAUGCAUGUGGAAUGUUUCCACAGUUCACCAUCCAUGGUGCAUUCUACAAUUUGACAGCAUCUCAACACGAGUUGAAGGAAAUCUGCACAAUACUUGAGAACAAAGCUGAACUCUAUCAGCAGAGACUGGCCUGGCUGACAACAGACAGCAGGCAGCUCUUUGGUGCUGAAGCUGUUUACCUGUUUGCUAUUGGGGAUUUUGGGGAUGACAUCACAAACAUUCUCAGUAAGAGACCAGUUGGCAAUGUUUGCCCUGUGCACACAGUAUCAUUCAAUGCCAAGUUAGAGAAAACUAUCUUGGCCUUAAAGCAGUUGUCCUUUGUGACUGCUGGAAGGUUUCAUGCAUUCGCGGAGAUUUCUGUAUUUGUGGACGAAUUACGUGACUCAUCACAGAACAAAGCAGAGUGUGAGGUUCCAGAGUUUCCUACGAAGCUCGUCGGAGGAAUGCCGCCAGGUUGUGGUGUGAGAGAGGAUGUCUAUCUGGUCUGGGCGGAGAAAGCAGAGGCCCUUCAAACAAGAGAUCAAAUCCAAGCCAUGCUGACAGAACUCAACACUGCAAACAAUGAACUAGGCAGGCUGUGCAUGCCCUGUCAUACACUACAUUUCUCCUGUAUUAUGUAUAUAAUGAUUGCUUUCACAGAACCAGACUUGUGGUAUAGCUGUUCCUCAGACGCCUGUCUAGACUCCAAACAGUGGCUUGAACAGUUUGGAUUAAAGGCACAGAGGCUGACUAUCUACGAUGCUCUAGCCAGUUGUGCAUUUUAUCACUCUGAUGGCAUUGUUGACAUUAAAUCCAUGCCAGCGGAUGAAAAUCUCCAGUCUGAUGCGGAGACAUGUAAAAAACUGAUCAAUGCAAAGUACUGCAGUGGAUUUGUGCACAUGCGCUGGAAGGAUGGGUCUGUGGUUCACGUCUAUGUCACUGCGGAGAAGUGUAGACGGUAUGAGGAGGAGAUGCUCAAAGCCAUUGAAGCCAUGAGGAGGAGGAUUAAUUGGCUGACGGAAGGAAGCAGAGGACUGUUUGGCAACAUCCCAGAGCAGCGAGUCUACCUCCUCCUCGAUACCUCCGAGUCCAUGCGGCGCCAUCUGCCCUGGCUAAAGGAGAACAUCUCCAAGCUCCUAGAGGAGCAGCUUUGCCAGAAGCAGAGAGUAAACAUGUUGGGCUUUGGCACUCAUGUGGUGCCGUGGAGGGACACGCUAACCCAGCUCAGCUCUCCGGCCCUGAUCAGCGCACGCCAUUGGCUAGACAAGCUGCAGGCAGGAGGCUCUACCAACACACUGGGCGCACUGUCUCUUGCCUUGGCAGCUGAAGACACUGAGGCUGUGUACCUGCUGACGGAUGGCAGGCCUGAUCAGCCUGCCAAAGACAUCUUAGAGGAGGUGAGAAGGGGGCCUCCUGUGCCAGUUCACACCAUCUCCUUCAACUGUGACGACCAGGAGGCAAACCGCUUCCUGCAGGAGCUCUCCAUGGAAACGGGUGGAAGAUUCCUCCACUACUUCACAGACACACAGGAAGCUUCUGGUGCUCAGGGGCCCUGGGAGAAUGAAGACCACCAGCUUCUGAGGGCAGAGAUAGAGGAAGGAAGGAGAGACCUUGAGAGUGUCCGGAGACUUCGUGCAGAGUGCAUCCUGCUGGAUACUUUCCAUCAUGGCAAGAAGGAGACAAACCAAAAGGUCUCUCGAGGUCCAGAGCAGCAGUCUUGCCAAGGAAGUGAAAGAGAUCACCAGUUCAGCCAACGCAAGUCUCCAAAAUGUACAGCAGCAUCAGAUUCAGCAGCACAAACAAAAUCCAGCUUGCGUAGGCUCCUGGCCAGCGGGGGCAGUAUUGCCAACUCCAUACCCCAGGGGUGGUUGCUCCCGGAGUCCCUGGAACUGUUUCAGACAAACGCUGAUAAGCAGAUGCAAGUCCUUCACAAUCUCAGCCUGACAUCGGAUGAGAACAAGCAAAAAAAGAAGAGAAGAAAAGUAAAGCCUAAACAGUCUCUGGAGACCUCCACUGCUGAGUGGCUGAAGGCCAACAGUCUGGCUGCUAAGAAGUUGACUCUGUUAGAUGCUGUAGCUCCCGCCGCCAUAGCUCACAAUGCAACUUAUGUCCCCAUGCUGGAAAAACAUGUCUACUCCAAGGUCUUCAAUGAGGUACUUCACCUGGCCCAUAUCAGCAAAGGUGGCACACAACAGCUUACUCUGAUCAACCCUUUAGCUAUCAACUUGGAGGACUACAAAUCUAGACUGAGCAAGGCUCUGCAGGACUAUGAGAGUCGCCUGAACAUGAUUGCAUUGAGAGCCCUGCCACAGGAGGAAAAGGACAAAUUUGGCAAUGAGCCAGUGGGCUUCAUGGAGCGGCGUGAAGAGGUACUGGAGGUCCUGGAGAGCCUGGGCUGGCCUGUGGCCCAGGAGGAGCUGAGCGCCCUUGAGGAGCAGAUCCGUGCCGCCCGUGACUUUCUCCAGCAGGCCACAGAGCUCCAGAGCGUGUCCAGGAAGGCAGCCCAAGAUGCACAGGCAGCCAUCCACAGGAGCCACAAGGACACUCCACCCAAAAGCCAUCCAGAUGCCCCCAAGAGACCUGUGGAUUCUCUCAGGGGUCAGAAGGUCGUAGCUUGGUCAGAGGCCAAUGGAGCUUACUGCUAUGGCAUAGCCAGGAAGUGUGUGCCAGGGAAAAGAGUGAAAGUGGACUUUAUCAGCGGGACGUGCGAGGUGGUACCUCUCAGUCAAGUACUAACAGUGGGAGGGUCUGCACCUUGUCCUCCUUUAGCGGUGGCAGACUAUGUAUUGGUUGACAUUAGAAGAGAGGACCGAGGUGAACACUUUGUUCCAGGAGUUGUCAUAGCAACCCCUCGUCGCUUGGAGGCUGCUGACAGAUUUUACACCAUCCUAAAGUUCAACAACAAAGAGGUGCACACCUACCGGAAUAAGAUGAUCAAAAUCAGCCAGGCUAGGUACCAAGCCACGUGUGGCAGACUGGCACAGCUUCGUCUUGCAUGGAAGACAAAGUAAGACAUAUUUGUGGCCCUGCCGUGGCUGAUAUGGUAGGGCACUCGUCUACUGUGCGGCCGACCCAAGUUCGAUUCCUGGUCCGUGUCCUUUGCCAGCCCUUCCCCGUCUCUCUCUCCCAACUCGCUUCCUGUCUCUACUUCAUUGUCCUGUCUGAGACAAAAACAAUAAAGGCUUGUAAAGCCCCCAAAAUACUUAAAAAUAGA